AUGGACCAGCAGUCUGUGGUCUCGCGGUCGUCACUGUCAAGCGCGUUUGACGUGGGCGAUGAGGGCAAGCUGCCGGCGUUUGCCACCGGCGCCGUCCGCGACAACGUGCGAGCGACGGAAGCGGCGCUGACAGAGGUGGAGGCCAAGUGGGGGGCAAGGCUGCGCGAGGCUGCGGCGCGCGGGGGAUCGUGGGAGGCACAGGCGCGGCGGCGGGCGCUGGACGACUUUCAUCGGAUUCGCAAAGAGAAGGCGGCGCUGCUCAAGGCCGAGCGACGGACGGCGCGGCUGCACACGCAACUCCUACAGCAAAAGGCGAUGGUAGUGGAGCGGAUGACGACAAAGCGGCGCGAGCGGCGUCCGCGCGGCCUGUUGCACGCGGUCAAUGUGAUCACAACGCCCGAACCGUUCCACUGGGGCCUCUCACGAGCGUUUCCUGUCAAGCCGCUGGCGCCUGUUGUAACGGCGCGGCGGGGCCAGCAUCGGCGGACGUCAACAACAAGUUCGACAGGCUCGGCGCGACCAAGCGCGAGUCAGCGGAAGGUCGCACGGCGGCAUGUUGAUGACGACGAGAUCUCGUUGACGCAAGUCUCGGUGUCGGACUCGGACUCGGACUCGGAGGCGGAGGCGGAGCCCAAGGCUGCCGUCCGUCCGCUGCCGCCGGUCAAGCCACCUGCGCGGCGGAGGCGGCGACGGUAG